UGCUUACAGGGGCGGUCACAUGAAGUUGCUGUUUUGCAACUUUAAAACGGAAACUCGAUAGUUUGGUGUCGAGACCGUUUCAUUUUUUAUACUUCGCACUUGUACUUCAAAUUGUUAAAAUUGAAAGAUUGUACGCUGGGCACCAUUGUUGAAUUACACAAAAUCGUCCUAAAAAUUUUCAACGUCAUUAUUAUUAUAGUUAUUAUAUGUAAGUCUUCACAGAUAUACUAGUCGUGAUAUUGUCAUCAUUUCCUGGACCUGUGUGCAGAAUCACGAUUUGAAGAGAUGUCUCAGGUGGUCAGUACAAGCUUGAUGCUAACAGGAUACUUGUCUUAUUUAUUGGUGGGAGCUGCUGUGUUUCAAGCUCUGGAACAGAAUUAUGAGAAGGAACUGAAGACGGACACCUUCCGUCAGAAGUUAAUGUUUCUGGAAAACUAUACAUGUUUGACGAAAGAAGCCGUUGAAAAGUUUGUAGAGGUAAUGACUGAAGCCUUCAAAAAUGGUGUGAAUCCAAUUGAAAACAAGACGUCCAAUUACAGUAACUGGGACUUCAGUAGUUCUUUCUUCUUCGUUGAAACAGUAGUGACAACCAUAGGAUAUGGGUACUUGGCCCCACGUACUGCAGGAGGCCAGAUAUUCUGUGUGUUUUUUGCCAUGUUUGGAAUCCCCUUGAAUCUGAUUGUUCUGAACCAUGUGGGGAAGACUCUCUCUUCCUGUACUGACCGGUUGGGGAAAAGGUUGUACAGCAGAGGAAUGCAAAAGAAAACGGUGAAGAUUCUGACCAUCAUUUUCUUCGUGGUGAUUGGUGUUGUCUUGUUUCUGGCUUUACCCCCACUCAUGUUCUGUUUGAUGGAGGACUGGAGCUACAGGGAAGGAGUGUACUAUGCAUUUAUCACUCUGAGCACCAUCGGAUUUGGUGACUAUGUAGUUGGUGUCAAUCACAAGCCAUACUACCGGGCACUAGUAGCUUUCUGGAUCCUUUUUGGAAUGGCAUGGCUGGCUCUCCUGUUUAAUUUACUGACUACUUUUUAUGAAGACACUGAAAAGAAAAUCUCCAAAGUGCACCAAAAGAGAAAGGCUGCCAAGGCCAAAAAGAACACGGCUAAUGGCUCCCAGCCGACCACUCCCGUUUCCGAAGAAGAAGUUGCCAUGGAGACUGAGGGCACUGCACAGCAAGCAACUGUCUCGUUUUUGGAACUCGACAACUCAAGACCAAACAGUCAGCUUGCAUAAGAGGCAAAUACUACCCUCAUGACCGAAAACAAACCAGUAGCCAGCUGUCACCCACAAGUCUAAUCAGACAUAAGUUCUGUCAAGUAUAUUUAACAUUCAGGGCUGACUACUCAUAAUACAUUCGACAAGCAGCUAGUGAGCUGUGUGAUUCAGUCAGGACAGUACCUACUGCUAGUACCUACUACAAGGUCAAAGAUUGCUUGCUAUCUGUGCUGUGGGUUUUGGAUGAACAUCACAGUGAGUUGUACUGAAUAUAACAUUCAAGCCACUGUUUAUACCCAGCUCUUUGCUUUCUUCAUUUAUAUCUCUUGAUGAAGAUGAAAGCCCAACAGAUAAACAUCACAUCACAAGUUUAUAUAGUAUUGUACUGCUUCUCUUUUAAGAUAAAAUAAUGAUGCAUGCUUUCACCAAAGAAAGUACAAAAAGGAACUUCAAAAGGGCCCCAUUAUAAACUGACACUGUUUGAAAUCUUUAUAGUUCCUCUUAAUGCCUUGUUGGUUUGGGGGAUGUGGAUAGUUUUUUAGUCUGUCAAGAAAGGAAAGUAAAAUGUGUGCUCUGAGGUGGUCUAGCUAAGCUACUGUUCCUGGUGGAGCAAGAAAGUAUGUUACUUAGAAUGGGCAUUGGACUUUGCCUAUGCAAAUACAUGUACAAAUAGACAGAGGGCAGAUUCAUUUGUGUAGUUUAGCAGCUUACUUUUUAGCAACUGCUGAACUUACUUAUAGAAUAUCUUUUCAUAUCUAUAAGUGAGAGUAGGUAGGGAGCAUUGACUCCAAGGUACAGCAGUGGCAGCGGAUUUCAAAUCUGGGGCUAAACAUCAAUCCUAUGAUAGAUUAACAAAUGUUUUGGCCUACUGUGUAGAGUAUCAAAAUAUGUAUCUAAAUGGUGCAGGAUCAUUGUUGUUAAAAAGCUUCACUUAUAAACUGUUUAUCAAUGCUGUUACUUAUAGAACUUUAAUUUGUGUUGCCAAAACAAUUCCCCAAGUGUUUCAAUAUAAAUCAGUGUGUUUGAAGAGAUCAACCAAACUACAAUAUUAGGAUCUUCUAAUAGAGGUAAAACGUUUCAUAUUUUGAUACAGCAAUAGUUUUGCUGUGAUACUUCUUUUAACUAAGACUAAUAUCCAUCAAUAGUUAUAAAGUACUACUUACAACAUCUGUUUGCUUGUGGUAUUAAAGUCAGUAUCUAUUUUUAACGAAAAAGGUUUCAGUUCUUUUAAGUAACAAUAAUUGCAGAAGUUAGUUUGCAACAAAAGUGCUUACUUGAAUCUGUUUUUGUUCUGGUGUUACAGCAUCUAAACCCAGCUGUAGCUGAUACAGAUUACUUUGAUGUGCUUCUGAAAACUUUGAUGGUGUUUGCAGUGCUUGGUUCAUACAUCCUUGUUGGCAGGAUGUUGUUGCUGUCAUUGUUAUUUCUUUGCUUAGACAAUUCAACAUAAUUAAUUCCACAGCCUUAUGUGUAUACACAUAUAUAUUUAAAGACUGUUAACUGUGUCUUCUCUGAACCAUUGCGGCUGCAAAAGCUUCUGGAACAGACUUACUGUUAACAUCUUCAGCUAAAGGGUUCAGUGUAAAACAAAUAUAUAUAAAUACACACAUGCAACACUUUCAAGUUGCAAAAAUAGGUACAUGCUGCUAGCUACCACGUUAGGGCUCAGUGCUGCUAUUAUCCAAUUGACUAUAGGCUUUUUUAAUAAAACGUAGUUGCAUCUAAGAGAUAGUACAUUAUUGUUCUGGGCAUUUUCUUUCUAGUUUUAAACUAAGUCAUUUAUUUUAACUUUAAGGGGUUCACCUACUGAGGGGCAUUGGCAACACAAGGGAAGUUGCUAUGGCAUUCUAUCCUAAACUAUAGGUCAUUGUUUUAUAUAAAGUCAUACAAUUCUUUUAUGCAAAGUAUGUUCCUUUAAGUAAUUCAAAAUUAACUUUAAUGACUCUUAUGUUACUAAGAAACACCCCUCCCUCUAUAGCUCAAACAAUCCUACAGAUGUCAGGACUGCCCAGUCCCUGACCACAUUCCGGCGCCUCCUUAACACUCACCUCUUCAAACAGCACCUGUAGAACUCCUCUGUUGUAUCCUGGGACACUAUCACCCUUCAUUUAAAUGUGCUUUAUUUUGCUCUUAUCUGCCCCCUAUUUUACUGCAUUUAAUCCUGUACUUCAGAAUAUUGUAAUCUGCCAAGUGUUUAACCUGUAGUAUUUUGUACUUAAUCAUAUCCUGAUGUAACUAUCACUAUUAUCUGCUGUAUUAUUGAAUUGUGGUUUGUCACACUUGAACAAAAAUUAUUGUAUUUCUUGCUCUUAUUGUAUUACUUGUAUUGUAACACUUGAAUGUAUUUGCUUGCGAUUGUAAGUCGCCCUGGAUAAGGGCGUCUGCUAAGAAAUAAAUAAUAAUAAUAAUAAUAAUAAUAAUAAUAAUAAUAAUAAUAAUAAUAAUAAUAAUAAUAAUAAUAAUAAUAAUCUGCUUCUGCCAAGCUGGAUCAACGCUUGGUCAAUAAAGAAAACUAAACAUGCUUUAAGAUAAAAAAAAAAAAUAAAAAAAAAACAACCUUUGACAUCAUACCUCUAAGCUUGCCAAGACAGAUUGAAAAAAAGACUUUACAGUAAUGUCUAUGGAUCUGGAGCUAAGUGGUGAUGGGGUUUAAAAACAUAAAGGCUACCCAACUGCUGUUUAAAAUGUAUAUAAUGCAUUUCUAUCAUUGUAUGCUUAUUUGCGCAUUUUGUUAGCUGAAUGCAAAACACAAUAAAUUGUAUCAGUAGUGAUCUGCUGGUUGUACAGAACAGUUCAGGUUUAAAUAACAACAUUAAUCUUCAAAUAAAUAUUAGGUGGUG